AUGGUUAAAAUAAAAACCAAAAGUAUGACCACACAGAGCCUACGAGGAACUGCAAAUGAAGAUGAAUCCACACGGCACAGGGUUUCCCACAACAUCCAUCAUCCUCAACAGGAUCAUCCGAAGGCAUUGAUUCUACAGCCCAAAGCCUUUGUCCAUACUCCCAGGAAUCAGAGCUUCCUUCUUUCGUGCCAGGCCAAAGUCGCUACGAGAGAUCCGAUGCUGUUGCCAGACCUUCAGCCACAAUCAUCGUUCAAAUUAACCUGGACCGCCCAACCUCCGCGCCUUUCAGUUACGCCGUCCCAAGGGCACACGUUCCACUCUAACUGGCCACAGGGUGAACUGCCCCCAAAUCUAACUCAAAACACUUUCGCCCUUCUCGAACCUAACGAGCUGGGCCUUCAGCACUUAUCUGCCACCAGACUACGAUGA